AUGCAAUCUCUAAUUUCCAGAAAGAAGCAUCCCUCGAAAACAAUUGUUGUUAAGAAGAACACUAUAUUGUUUUAAUCUGAGGAUCAUUCAAAAAAGAGAUAAAGAUCAUAAAGAAUGAGUAAAUCAGUCAGAAAAAGAGGAAAUCUCUUAGAUAGAUAGGAGCUUUGUUAAAUCAAUAAACUUCCUGGCAAUCUCAAACAUUUUUCUGAUUCAGAAUCAGAUAGUGAUGUUUCUAUUAGAAAGUCAGGAUAAUCUCAAAGUUCUGAUUCCAGCAUUAAUUCUGCAAAAACAAUUAAAUCUCGUUCUUCCAAAAAAAUAAGAGGAAAUCUAAGCCAAUAUACAUAAGAUAUAUUUUCAAGUAUAAUUAGAAAGACAGAAAGCCAAAAGGACUCAUAAAAGUAGUAAUGUAACUUAUGAUUUUUAGGGAGGAAAUUUAGAAAAAAUUAUUUGACAGAAUGGCAGAUAAGGCUACAGCUAAAAACUAUUAUCUUCACUAAAAAAUAGAAUAGUUUGACUAAACCUUUAAGAGAAACAAUUAAUUAUAAAAAGAUAAGCAUAAUUCAGAAAAUUUAUCUGCAAUAUUUUCUGACCUUUCAAAUGAAGAUAAUCAAUCAGAUACAAGUGUUUAAAUUUAAGUGGAUUAGAAUCUAUAGAGAGUUUAAUAGCAAAAAGAGAACUAUUACUUUAGUCCAAAGAUGUCGUUUUAAACUCCUAUAGCUGAAAUGAGUGUAAACCAAUAAUUUAAAUAAGUCAACCUAUUUUAACCCCAGAGUUUCAAUUUUAGAUCUUUCAGUCGAUGGUCUUAGUCCUAUGUCAAUUGAUGAACAAUCUUAAUCUUCUAUUGAUGUAAUAAUAAAUAAUCAUUAAUUAAAAGGCUUUUGAUUAAUUAAAAAAUUUGUCAAAUUAAUACGAAAAGGUUUCUUAGAAAUUAAAUUAUACUAAUGGUGCAUAAUUUAUUAAAUAUAGAAAACUAAAAAGUUUUAGAAAAUAUCAUUUGAUUUAUGUAAUAAUAAAUAAUAAUUGAGAGCUCUUAUAUAGAUAAUUAUAUAAUGUUAAAAUUUAGAAAAACUUUACUUUAUUUAUAUUUGAUUACAAAAAGGCUAUCUAAAAUUAUUGUUAGAUCGAGAUUAUAUUAAUAUAUUUUGACUCUAGUAACAUUGGGAAAUAUUGUAAUUUUUGUAUCUGAACAUAUAAAAGAGCAAGAUAAUAAAUUUUUAGAAUUUAAUCUUAGUAAUUAUUAUAAUUUGGAAUAUAGCAUUUUUAUGGUUCUAUAUAGUUGAUAUAGUAUUAUAACUGUUUGCAUUUGGAGUGUUUCGUACAAAAUUCAUCUUUCUUUCAAGAAUAAUUGAUGCUUCCUUAAUUAUUCUAUAUUACUAUCAUCUAACUUAUUCUUCAGCUAUAAUAGAUAUCACUCCUUUAAGAAUGACAAGAUUGUUGAAACAUUUAGGAGCUAUAUUUACAGGUAAAUUAUAAUUAAUUAUAUAUUAAAGGAUUAUAAAAAAUGAUUGAAGCAUUAAUAGAAUCAUUAAAAUUUAUUUUAGAAUCAACAGCAAUUGUUUUAUUAUUUGUUUUAUUUUUUGCAUCAUUAGGAACAUCAUUAUUUAUGGGUUUAUUUAAUGAAAGAUGUUUACCAUCAGAUGAAUCAGAAUGGAUAUAAUGUUAAGAAGGUUAUUGUUCAGAUGGAAUGAUUUGUUAAGCCACAAAUAAAUCAUAUAAUAUUCCAACAAAUUUUAACAAUAUAAUAUAUUCUUUUGGUCUUAUAUUGAAAACUGUAACUAUGGAUGAUUGGAGUUGGGUAAUGUAUUAUACAAUUAAAGCAUUUCAUCCUAUUGUUUGGAUUUAUUAUGUGUUAAUAAUAUUUGUAGGAGGUUUUUUUGGAUUUAAUCUUCCUAUUGCUGUAUUUAAAACUCAUUUUAGUGAAAUGUAAUUUAGAGAAAUAAAAAAAGUAGAUGAAAAAGAAUAUGUUAUUAGCAAAUCAAAUUUGAGGAGAAUUGGAUUUUAUGAUAUCAUAAUCUAAAUGAAUACAUUUUUAUUUUCAAAUUCUAAUGUUAUUCUAAUUAAUGAACCUCGAAUUAACAGAAUAUAUUAAUCUUAUGAUAUAUAUCCUAGACUCUUAUUAGGAAGUAUGAUCAAUGAAAAUAGAAUAAAUAUAAGCAAUUUUACUUAAAUCAAAAAUUAAAUCUAGAAUUUUUCAUUAAAAUUAUUACUUUUACCUAAAUUAUCAAUUCUCUAAAAAUGUUAUCUCAAUUUGAAUAUUAAAAAAUUUACUUCAGAUCUUAAAAUUUAAGAAACAAUAAAGAAAUUUAGUAGAUCAUCAUUUUUAUUGGAGAAAUAUAUAGAUUAUAAAUUUCAUUAUAUUUAGACAAGUCAAUUAGAUAUUUUAAGGAAAUCUCUAUUUCAGGUUUUAAGAACAACACAAAAUUAAAAUUCUAAAGGAUAUAAAAAAAAGAACUUUUAUUAUAAGCCAAUUUAAAAGAAAAAAUAAAUAAUUUAAAGUUAACUUAUAAAAUCUAGUAGAUCUGAAGUAUUUGCAGGCUCUCCUUCAAAUAUUUAAAAAUCUUUAGUUUAAUUACCUAUAAAAAAUUCAAAAAGAAUUAAAAAGGAACAUUAAAAUACAUCAGAUAUACAUGGUAAAAAGUCUAGCUCAGAGUCAUUCUCUCCUAAUAUUAGAUAAUUUCACAUGAAAGAAAUAGAAAAAUAAAGAAGAAAGUUUCCUUAUUUCAUGAGUGGAUAAUAAGUUAUACCUGAAUAGUCUUUAAGUAGACCUUUUACAAUUUAUCAUUGUGGUGAAUUAAAAAUGCUUUUAAAUGGAAUUUAUUUAGAUUAUGAAGAUAUAUAGAAAAGAAUUAAUUCAAAAAUAAAUUUUAAAUAAUAAGAUGAACCUAGAUAUUAAGAGGAAUAUAUGAAAUUAAAGAGAAAAGAAUUUAAUAAAAAAAGUAUUAAAUAAAGAAAUUGGUCUGGUAAUAAUGUAUUUACAAAUAAUUUAUUUUUAAUAAAAAAAUUUGAUGAUAUUUUUUAACAAUUAAAUGUAAGAGAUAUAGAAAUUUGGUAAACAUCAUUAAGUGGAAUUUUAAUAACUUUACGAAAAUAUUCAUUUAGAAUUAUGCAUUUUAAACUAACUAAAUUAUUUUUUGAUUUAACAAUUCUUAUUAAUACAUUUUUUUUAGCUUCAGAAGGUAUAAUUAAAAGAAGUAUAAUUGAUUAAGUAGAAGAUAUUGCAACAAUAUUAUUAUCAACUGAAAUCAUACUCUAAUUGAUAGUUCAUAAACCAAGUAAUUUAUUAUAUAAAUAUUAGGAAGAAUAGCUAAAAAUAAACAUCUUGUAAUAGAAUUACUAAUUGUCAUUUUAAGUUUGAUUGAAUUUGGAUUUAGUGACUAUUUGAAUGUAAGUGAAUAAUACUUAAAAUUAAUGAGAUCAAUUAAAUGUCUAUUAUUUUAUAGAUGCAUAUCUUAUAUCUAUAUGGCUAGAAUAAUUGGGGCAAUAGCUUAAAUUACAUAUAAAUCUUACAUUUACUUAGCAUUUCUUAUGUUCUUUAUGAUAUUAACAUUUGGAUUGAUUGGGAUGGAAUUGUAUGCACAAAAAUUUGAUGAAUAUCAUAAAAAUGGAUAUAUGCAUUCAUUUGAUGAUCCAGCAAAAGCAUUUAUGACAGUAUUUAAUAUAAUGACUAAUGAUGAUUGGUUUGGUGUAUAUAGAAUUGGAACAGAAGUGUAAACAGAAUUAUCAAUUACUUAUUCUAUAAGUUUAGUAUUUACACUUAAUUAUUUUAUUUAUGGCAUUAUGAUGGCAAUAUUAUUAGAUGGAUUUAGUUAAUAUUUAGAAAGAGAAUCUACAAAUGAACAUAAUGAAUUUAUGAAAGAAAAGAUUAAAUAAAUAAAUAAACUCAACAAAAAAUUGAAUUCAGAUUUUUCAGAAAAUGAUUCAGAAUCUGAAUCUGAUUCUAAUUCUUCUUCCUCUUCUAUUGAAUAAUAUUAAGAUUAAGCUUAAGCUUAAGGUAUCACAAAGAGAUUAAAUGAUAGAAAGGAAAGUGAAUCUCCAGACAAUAUUUAACCAUCUUCUAAUAAUAUAUUAGAGUAAUUUAAAAGGAAUAGUAAUUUUGCUGUGUCUUUAUUUCAUUCUCUUUAAUUCCCAGUAGCCAGAACUUAAAAAAUGGAUCCAUUAGAUGAAGAGAGAAAGAAAAUCAAAGAUGAUUUUAGUAUAUUAAAGAGUAAAACUAAUAUGCUUAGAUUAAAAACUUCAGAACCAAAAACCAUAAAAUAUCUAUAAGAAAAAAUUGAAUAAAUCUAUAAGAAAAUGUUUAAACAUAAUUUUAAAAUGUAUGCUGGAGUUGAUUGCAUGCAAUCAUAUUAUUGCUUUAAUAAAUAAAAUUCCUUGAGAUAAUUCUUCUUUAGAAUAAGCUUAAGCAACUAUACCAAAUAUUUCAUUGAUUUAGCAUUACUCCUCUCUAUUAUUUAUUUAGCUUUACCAAAGGAUAUAUAACAAAAACCAUUGUUUGUUACUGCAUUAUUUAUUUUGAAUUCAACUAUUUUUAUUGAAUUUAUAAUUAAAUCUAUAGCUUUAGGAGCAUUUUUAGAUAAAGGAUCAUAUUUAAAUGUAUUUAUAUAUAUUAAUAUAGUAUACAUGGAAGGUUGUUGAUUUAGUUUAUAUAAUAAUUUAUUAUAUAGAAUUUUUUGAGAUUGCUCAUUUACCUAUUUUUAUAGUGAUUGAGACCUUUUUAUUUUUUAGACCUUUAAAAUUACUUUAUAGAAUAAAAUGGGUUGUUAGAGUAAGAGCUGCUUUAACUUAAUCAUUAUUUGAUAUAAUAAAUGUGUUUGUAGUAUUACUUUUUGUUUGGUUAAUGUUUGCUGUAUUUUCAAUGAUGUUAUUUGCAGGUAAAAUGGGAUUUUGUGAAGAAUAAAUAAAUUAUGAUAUAGGAUAUGAAGAAUGUAUGAAAUAAGGUAAAGAAUGGAGAGUUUAUAAACAUAAUUUUGAUAAUAUUACAACUGCAAUGCCAACAUUAUUUAUUAUAUCUACAUUUGAUGGAUGGGGUUCAAUUUUAUGGGUAUCAUAGAAUAGUAGAGAGGCUGCAGAUGGUCCACAUCUCUAUUUCAGUCAGAUUCCAACAUAUCUCUUUUAUUUGGCAUUUUGCACUGUUGGAUCAAUGUUUUUCCUCUAAUUAUUCACAGGUGUAUUAUUUAUCAAUUUAAAAGCAAACUCAAAAUAAAUUGAAAAUCAAUAAUUAACUUAAGCUUAAUUAGAAUAUAUUAAAGUUUCAGAAAUAAUUCUACAUGAUCAUCCUAUAAGAGCAUCAUUACCUAAAUCUUAAUUUAGAAAGAUUUUAAAUAUUUUCAUUAUGAAUAAAUAUAUUGAUUUUUGCAUGUUUUCUAUUCUACUAGUAAAUUGUAUAACAAUAAUGAUGAUUCAUCAUUCAGCUGAAGAUUAUUAUAAUGAUCAUAUCAAUAAGAUUCAUCAUAUUUGUUCUUUAAUUUUUGCCACUUGGUUGAUGUUAUAAUUUUUAAUUUUAGGGAUUAAUAGAUUCAAAGAUAAUUUAUGGAGACUCUAUACAUCCUUAGUUAUUGCUUUGGGAAUUAUUGAUUUGAUACUUGAUUAUAACUACAAUUGGUUUUAAUUAUAUAGCAAUUCAACUUAAUUAACUUAAAAUUAUUAAUUAUUAAGAGUUAUGUAUACUCUUAGAAAUUUAAGAAUUAUUAUCAUAUUUUAAGGAUUGUAGAAUUUAUAAAGAUUAGUAAGAGUAAUGUCAUUUGCAUUUCCAUUUUUACUUAAGAUUUUGUUUAUACUUUUAAUAAUAAUGGUAGUAUAUGCAUUUUAUGGAGUUAUGUUAUAUGGAAAUAUAGAUAAAGGAGAAGUAAUUAAUGAUUUAAUUAACUUUUCAAACUUUUGGUUAGCAAUGUUGACUCUUUUUAAAUGUGUAAGUGGAGAUGAUUUUCGUUCAAUAAUGAAUGAUUGUAUGCAUCAUAAUCCUUAUUGUUCAGAAAAUCCUAAAUAUUGUGGUUCACCUUAUGCUUAAAUCUAUUUUAUUUCUUUUAUGUUAAUAUCUAAUUAUACCUUUUUAAAUUUAUUUGUUUUAGCCAUGAUUGAAUAAUUUGAAUUCUUUUUCAAUAAUUAAGAUUCCAUCUUAUAAACAUAUGUAGAAAAUAUUGAUUGGUUUAGAAAAACAUGGUUUAAAUUUUCUAGUUAAAAUGGAUAAGUAUUAAAUAUUAGAUAUUUACCUCAUUUAUUAAUUGAAAUUAAAGAACCUCUAGGAUGUAAACCAUAUGAUAAUAUUUGGGAUGCUGCUAAUCUUAGUUUAAAAUUUAAUCUAUUUUGUGACAUCAAAGAUAAUAUAUCAUAUAAUUAAUUAUUAUAUGAAAUAUUCUAUCAUAGAUAUUAGAAAUAAAUCUUUGAAUAAUGUUCUGAAAUGGCAUCAAAAAAGAUGUCUUAAUUUCAUAAAACAAUGCUUUUUAGAUUAACCUAUUAUAGGAAAAGAGAAUUAAAGUAAAGAAGAACUAAUAUUGGACCUUAACUUAAAUUAGAUGGAAAUGCAAACAUCUUGCAUGUUCUAUUAAUGACAUUAAUUACUUUUAAAAUUUGGAAAUCUUAUACACAUUAAAUAAUUGCUAACAUCAUUACUGAAUAACAAUAUUUUUCACAAAGAACUGUUAGGGAUACUGAACCAAUUAAACAUUCUAUAACAUAAAAAAGUAUUGAGAGUUAAGAAUCCAGAAUAAAAUUAAAUGAUAAUCCUGUUUAUUAAAAAAGAAGAUUAGGUAAAAUGAAGAGAGUAUAAUUAUAAGGUUAGAUAAAUGAUUAUUUACCAGGAGAUUGUAUUAAUGUAUUUUUUAUAUAUUUUUAUUUUAUAGCCUAAACCAAUAUUGAAAAGAAAAAGUAGUUUAUUAAUUGAAGAAGGUAAUGUUUAAAAAAUUUAUCAUUCGCAUAGAAUUUAAAAGAUAUAAAAGUUGAAAUGA